AUGCUUCGUCGUGGUUUAAUGAUAUCCAAGGACAUUUUUCGUAAACGGAUCUUAAGCAAAAAUGUAGAGGUGAUGAACAUUCAGCGAUAUUUGGCUACAGCUAAAACAUCACCACGAAAAACACCAACUUCUCCCCCACCAUCAUCUUUAACGGGAGGAUACACACCACCCCCAUCAAUUAUCGUACCCGAAAAACAAUUUCCCAAUCCAUCACUAAAAGGCACCGACCUAAUGCAACUAAUCCACAGCGAGCAAAUAUCCCGAUUCCCUAUAGAACACGCAAAACUAUUAAAAAAAACCGGUAAAGACCGAAUAAUUCCUGGUGACGUGCUCCUCGUCGAAAGCUACACAAACCGCACGAAUCUCUCGUCAGUAUCAACGUUCGCCGGUAUCUGUAUUGCGAUUAGACGGCGCGGGAUAGAGACCAGUUUUACGUUGCGGAACGUGAUUUUAAAAGUUGGUGUCGAGCAGCGAUUUGCUGCAUUUUCGCCAAUGAUUAAGAGUAUAAAGAUUUUAGCCAGGGGUGAAGGGUAUCGACGUGCGAAAUUGUAUUAUUUGAGAGAUCAGCCGGGUAAGGCGUUUAAGAUUGCUUCGAUGAUUAAAAAGCUUAAAGCGGCGCAGCAGAAAACAAAUAACUAG